CAAAUAAAAUGAUCCCAGCUUGUCAAUGUCUUCUUUCAACAGUCCAUGAUGCCCAGAGUGAAGAAAUGUCCAACAGCAGCUCCAUCAGCCACUUCCUCCUGCUGCCAUUGGCACACACGCAGCAGCUGCAGCUCCUGCACUUCUGCCUCUUCCUGGGCAUCUCCCUGGCUGCCCUCCUGGCCAACGGCCUCAUCAUCAGCGCCGUAGCCUGCGGCCACCUCCUGCACAGCCCCAUGUUCUUCUUCCUGCUCAACCUGGCCCUCAGCGACCUGGGCUCCAUCCUCACCACUGUCCCCAAAGCCAUGCACAAUUCCCUCUGGGACACCAGGAACAUCUCCUAUGAAGGAUGUGCUGCUCAGGUGUUUCUGCUUAUCUUCUUUCUGGGAACUCAGUAUUUCCUCCUGACCAUCAUGUGCUACGACCGCUAUGUGUCCAUCUACAAACCCCUGCACUACGGGACCCUCCUGGGCAGCAGAGCUUGUGCCCACAUGGCAGCAGCUGCCUGGGCCAGUGCCUUUCUCUAUGCUCUGCUGCACACAGCCAAUACAUUUUCCCUGCCUCUGUGCCAUGGCAAUGCCCUGGGCCAGUUCUUCUGUGAAAUCUCACACAUCCUCAAGCUCUCCUGCUCCAAAUCCUACCUCAGGGAAUUUGUGAUUACUGUAGUUUCUGCCUCCUUAAUAUUUGGCUGUUUUGUGUUCAUUGUUUUCUCCUAUGUGCAGAUCUUCAGGGCUGUGCUGAGGAUCCCCUCUGAGCAGGGACAGCACAAAGCCUUUUCCACCUGCCUCCCUCACCUGGCUGUGCUCUCCCUGUUUCUCAGCACUGGCACAUUUGCCUACCUGAAGCCUCCCUCCAUCUCCUCCCCAUCCCUGGAUCUGUCAGUGUCAGUUCUGUACUCGGUGGUGCCUCCAUCCCUGAACCCCCUCAUGUACAGCCUGAGGAACCAGGAGCUCAAGGCUGCAGUGUGGACACUGAUCACUGGACGAUUUCAGAAACAUUAA